AUGAGGAACCAGACAACAAAUGCAGUACAAAACUCCUAUUAUAAAAAGUUGAAGGAGGACUUACACACAGAGGGAAGAAAUGAUACUUUGAUGAUGUCUUUGUUAUUUACUGCUAUUCCAAUUCAGACACAACAAAUGGAUGGUGUCAUUAAGACUAAAAAAAAGGACUCAGACUCAUACGGUAUAUAUGGUACGGGUUUUAGUACUCUUUUGGCCACAGAAUAUGAAACAAUAGUGGCCAUGACCAAUCUCGCCAUACUAUAUUGUCAAAUAUAUGGAAGAAAUGCACUAAAUCUUAAGGGAUUUUUUCUUCUCAAUUGUCCAGAUUUAUCAGCUUUGGCUUUUCAAUUGAUUUACCUUAAUUUGUCAUUUAAUGAUAUUAGCACCUUUCCCACAGAAGUAUUUUGUCUUAAAAAUUUGAAAAUUCUAAAACUAAGAAAUAAUCCUAUCAAAGAAAUUCCAUCUGAAAUUCAAAGACUCAAGUACCUUAAAGUUUUAAUUAUGGCCUUUAAUUUGAUUACUGUUCUUCCACUUGGGUUAUUUAACUUGUUGUAUCUUGAGGAACUUGAUGUUUCCUACAAUGACAUUUCUUCUAUUCCAAAUGAAAUCCAGAAACUCAGAUCCCUUGAAAAGCUAAAUGUGGAUGGAAAUGAUCUGACUUCUUUCCCACCUGGAAUUUUGAAGUUGAACCUGAAAAAAAUCCAAUUUGAGAAUAAUUACACUCAUCCUUUUUUUUGGAAAGAGAAUUCUUGCAAUAGUCCACAGUGUCUUGUUCACAUAGCUUCUUUGUUCUUUAUAAAAAAUAACCUAUUUCAAUAUUAUGAUGUGAUCCCAGAAAAAAUAAAAAAUGUAUUACAAAGGACUUCUCAUUGUGAGUGGUGUUGGGGUCCCAUGUUUGGUGAAGGUUUGCGUAUUAUCCGGUCCUGUGAUAUUUUUGGAGCAAUACAGCUUCCUAUAAUGUUUCAUGUCUGUUCUCCUGCUUGCUAUGAAGAAGUUAAACAAUACUCCUAG